GAGAGAGAGAGAGAGAGAGAGAGAGAGAGAGAGAGAGAGAGAGAGAUAUCCGGCAUCCUGUCUGUGCACUCUCAGUAUCGCUCUUUGAGAGCAAUUAGACGGAGCUGCGUUUGCGGCGCCUCUGCAAUGACUCACUGAAACAUCUCGUGUGUUGAUGAUCCGCAUCUCUACCUCCCACCUCCGAAAACGCGCACACGCACAGGACGUAGAGCGUGGCUAUCCGGAGCGCGCCGACUGCGCUCGGUACUUUGGAUUUGCGAGCAAGAAGCGGAGUUUCCUCUGUGGUGCGCAUUUUGCCUGAAGUCGGGAGUUGCGCGGAGCAGCCAGACAGCGCAGACUGUGUCAGAGGAUAUCCUAUCACCCUGCUGCCCCGUUAACCAACAGCAUCCUAGGUUCUUCUUGGUGACAGAUGCGUUGUGGAGCAGCCAUUGAUCUCCAUGCAGGUUCUCAGGAUGGGGUGUUCUGAGAAAGCUGCUUUGUUUGACCAGAGCUUCAUCUUUCUACUUGUGGCCUAAGAAGUGGGAGUCAUCUCAGUGGAGGGGAGGGGGUGGGGGGAGUACAGAGGAAACAAGGGUCAACAGUAACCACAUCCUGCAAGGCUCUAGACAGCAUGAACAUGGCAGCCCCAGGAGGCCCUUUGAUAGUGUGUCGCCCCACAACGAAGACCAGCCUUCUGCUUCUGACUGUGCUCUGGUCCAUCUGCCUGGCCACUGCUCAGGCCCAGCAGAACCCUGUAGUCACUACCAAUUAUGGAAAAUUGCGUGGUGUGAAGGUGACAUUACCUAAUGAGAUUCUGGGACCAGUGGAGCAGUAUUUAGGGAUCCCCUAUGCACUGGCCCCUAUGGGGGAGCGGAGGUUCCAGGCACCAGAACCUCCAAUGUCCUGGCCAGGUAUCAGGAAUGCAACACUAUUUGCUCCAGUUUGUCCUCAGUUCUUAGAAGAUCGCUUUUUACUCAACGAUAUGCUCCCCGUGUGGUUCACUGCCAACUUGGAUACAGUGGUAACCUAUGUACAGGAGCAGAGCGAGGACUGCCUUUACCUCAAUGUCUACGUCCCGACAGAGGAUGAUAUCCACGAUGAGAACGGGUUGAAACCAGUCAUGGUUUACAUCCAUGGAGGCUCCUACAUGGAGGGAACAGGCAACAUGAUUGAUGGCAGCAUUCUGGCCAGCUAUGGGAACGUUAUUGUCAUCACAAUCAACUAUAGACUCGGAGUUUUGGGGUUUUUAAGCACAGGAGACCAGGCAGCCAAGGGCAACUACGGGCUGCUGGAUCAGAUUCAAGCUCUCAGGUGGAUCAAAGAAAACAUCCAAGCCUUCAAAGGAGAUGCAAAGAGAGUGACCAUUUUUGGCUCUGGAGCCGGGGCAUCAUGUGUCAGCUUACUUACCCUCUCUCAUUACUCAGAAGAUCUUUUCCAGAAAGCCAUCAUCCAGAGUGGUACGGCACUGUCCAGCUGGGCGGUCAACUACCAGCCUGCCAAGUACACACGGGCUCUGGCUGAGAAGGUGGGAUGUAACAUGCUCGACACCAUUGACCUGGUGGAGUGCCUCCAGAAUAAGAACUACAAGGAGCUGAUCGAGCAGUCUAUCUCACCUGCAAAAUAUCACAUUGCCUUCGGCCCUGUCAUCGACGGCGAUGUCAUCCCAGAUGAUCCUCAGAUACUAAUGGAACAAGGCGAGUUUCUCAAUUAUGACAUCAUGCUAGGAGUCAAUCAGGGUGAGGGGUUCAAGUUUGUGGAUGGAAUUGUGGACAGUGAGGAUGGCGUGUCUGCCAAUGAUUUUGACUUUGCUGUGUCUGACUUUGUGGACCACCUGUAUGGCUACCCAGAAGGCAAGGACACUCUGCGUGAGACCAUCAAAUUCAUGUACACAGACUGGGCUGACAAGGAAAAUCCAGAAACCAGGCGUAAGACAUUGGUAGCUCUGUUCACUGACCACCAGUGGGUGGCACCAGCAGUGGCCACUGCUGACCUCCAUGCCCAGUAUGGUUCACCCACAUACUUCUACGCUUUCUACCACCACUGUCAGAGUGACAUGAAACCUAGCUGGGCUGACUCAGCCCAUGGCGAUGAAGUACCUUAUGUCUUUGGCAUCCCCAUGAUUGGUCCCACGGACCUCUUCAACUGUAACUUCUCCAAAAAUGAUGUUAUGCUCAGUGCUGUUGUCAUGACCUACUGGACCAACUUUGCUAAAACAGGAGACCCAAACCAACCAGUUCCACAGGACACAAAGUUCAUCCACACAAAGCCCAACCGUUUUGAAGAGGUAGCCUGGACAAAAUACAACCCCAAAGACCAGCUCUAUCUUCACAUUGGCCUCAAACCUCGAGUCAGAGACCAUUACCGUGCCACCAAGGUUGCUUUCUGGUUAGAACUUGUUCCACAUCUGCAUAAUAUAAAUGAAUUUUUCCAGUAUGUAUCGACCACUACCAAGAUACCACCACAGGACACUACCCCAUACCCCUACACCAAGCGUUUCCCAGGGAAAAACAAUUGGCCAUCCACCACUCGCCACCCAGGGGUCCCAUCCACCAACACCAAACAGACCACUGAGCAGCGUACGAGCGGCGACUUGACAGAAGAGUCGACAGUUGUGAUUGAAACCAAGCGAGACUACUCCACAGAGCUCAGUGUCACCAUCGCUGUUGGGGCCUCCCUGCUUUUCCUGAACAUCUUGGCCUUUGCUGCACUUUACUACAAGAAAGACAAGCGAAGACAUGAGUCCAAUCGGCGAGUUCCCACUCCACAGCGCAACUCGGGGCCAACCAACACACCUUCUACUGCCAAUGAUGUGGCCCACCUGCAAAGCGAGGAACUGAUGUCACUGCAGAUGAAGCAGCAGCAACUGGAUCAUGAGCAUCACCAUGAAUGUGAGUCAAUGCAAUCUCACGACACUCUGCGUCUGACCUGCCCUCCUGAUUACACUCUCACCCUGCGCCGAUCACCUGAUGACAUACCAUUGAUGACGCCCAGCACCAUCACCAUGAUCCCCAACUCGCUGGCUGGCAUGCAGCCUCUGCACAACUUCAAUACUUUUGGAGGCAGCCAGAACAGUACCAACAUGCCCCAUGGCCACUCCACCACUCGGGUAUAGCUCUACUGGGAUUGGGAGGCACAAGUUUGAAUCCCCUCUUGAUCAGUUAGAUGUUUAACACACAAAGGCAAAUUUGAGUGACUGUGUGGAGCACAGACUCCAAAGUGUUAUUUUGCUACCAUGCUUUCUUGAAAACUAUAUCCACUAUAAAUUGUUCAAAAACUCAUGAAACUACAAAAAGUGAAUGUUACUUGGGAAAUAACUCUGCCAGGAGGUUUGAGGAGUUUUACCAAAAGAAAAGCCAACCGGAGAAAGACUGUUAAUACUCUCACAAUACAAAAUGAAUGGUUUCAGAGUGGACAAACAGGCAUUUACAUUGGCUUUUGUGCCAUAGUGUUGGAGAACAGUGGCAACAGUUGUUGGAAAGCAACUGCUACAUGGUACACACCUGAUUUAGGCACAAAAUUUUACACCCUGACCUGAAAUGUAUUUAUGAAAACUUUAUAAAAAUAGAUAAACAACAUAUAAUUGUGUGUGAAACAAAAAAAGGGAAAAUUAUAUAUUAAAAGAGCUCUUAAUAUUGAUUAUAUUUUCGCUAAGUUUCUUUGUUCUUUUCUCAGCUUGUGCUUUUUGUUGAAAUGUCUGUAAAUAUGAGUAUAUCAGUUUCAUUCUUUUUGUGGUUAUAACCUGUUUCAUUAUUUUUGUCACAAUGACCAAAAUGCGAACACAAUCCCAUUUUUUUGGAGCACACAUUCUGUGUCUGCAGUUCAUUAUGUACGGCACUAUCUGCUGUGUUGCUUUGAAAUAACUUUUCAGACAUUGCAUGUCCAGGAAGAGCUUUACUCUUGUUUUGCAGGCAUUUCUUCUGUCUGAAAUGAGGACUGACUGGAUCUCAUCACCUGCUGCCAUCACAUUAGGCUACCAUUAGUUUUCAUCGUGGAUUUUUUUUUUUCCUCACAGUCUGAGUGUCCCCUGAGCUUUCAAUGUGACCAGCAAUGUAUUAUUGAGAUUUUUUUAAAGAGCGUUUUUGUGUCAAUAUUAGUUGGAUAUGUUUGUAAAGAAAUAUAUAUGUUAGAUAUUUCAAAUUGUCAUAUGCUAGCAAUAUGUAAAGUAUUGUGCCAGGCUUGUGAUAUUUUGGAUUACAAAAGCAAGUGAAUGAGUGUAAAUAUUAAUGACAUUAAUAUAAAAUUACAGCAAAAGUAAACAUUACCUAUUUCCAUUUUGCAUCCUAUUACAAAAAAAUAUAAAUAAAUCAAUGCGAUUUUAUGUUAUAUUUGUAAAUUCUAUAAAAUACAUAGUCUUGCCAUUGGUCCUCAAACCAGUCAAGGAUUUUAAUGUAGAUUUUUAAAAUCCUGAGUUUGUCUUAUAUUUAUUUUUGGUUUUGCUUUGAGUAAUAGAGAUAUUUCUGGCUGGACACCUGUAAAAAGUUUUUCUGCAACAUUUGUAAUAAAAUAUCACAGUAUUUUCUGAAAAAAAGAACGUGAGAAAAAGGAUGAUAGGAUGUAUCAUUGAA